CCAGCGGAGUGCACGAGAGUCUCAACAGCUAAAACGCCAUUAUUUGUUUGUUUGUUUGGAAUUCUCUUCCUUCAUUUUCUUGGAUCAACCCAUCCAUGGCUUCCCUCUUCUUACUCUUCCUCCUCGUCGUCCCCUUCGCCGCCCUCCUCCUCCUCCUUCUCCUGGCAGCUAUCGUCCGCCCACGACGCGUCCGGAUCCCCAUCAAGGGCCGCCACGUCCUCAUCACCGGCGGGUCUAGCGGCAUCGGCCUCGCCCUCGCCCGCCGCGCCGCCGCCGAGGGCGCCCGCAUCUCCAUCCUCGCCCGCAACCCCACCCGCCUCCAGGAGGCCCGCGACGCCAUCCGACUCGCCACCGGCGUCGACGCUGCCGUCCUCGCCGCCGACGUCCGGGACCCCGCCGCCGUAGCUCGGGCCCUCGAGGAGGCCGGCCCCGUCGAAGUUCUUGUCUGCAACCAGGGCGUGUUCGUGCCUCAGGAGCUGGAGGUCCAGGAGCUAGAGGAGGUUCGCUUCAUGGUGGAGGUCAACCUCAUGGGCUCUUUCCACCUCAUCAAAGCCGCCCUUCCCGGCAUGAAGACCAGAGCCAGGGAGACUGGCCUCCCCGUCUCCAUCGCCCUCAUGUCCUCCCAAGCCGGCCAGGUGGGUGUUUAUGGUUACACAGCUUACUCUGCAAGCAAAUUUGGACUUCGUGGAUUGGCAGAGGCUUUGCAGCAUGAGGUUAUUGCAGAUAAUAUUCACGUGUCCCUCAUAUUUCCUCCCGACACAGAGACACCAGGAUUUGCUGAAGAGCACAAGAGAAGACCAGAGCUCACCCGUAUAAUAGCUGGGUCUUCAGGUGGAAUGAAGGCUGACGAUGUUGCUGAAAAAGCUCUAAAGGGCAUCAAAUCUGGAACAUUUAUCAUCCCUUGUAACUUUGAGGGAACCAUGUUGUCUAUCGCUACUGCUGGUUUAUCUCCUCAGAGAUCAUAUCUGAUAGCAUUUGUCGAGGUGUUCAGUGCUGGCUUCAUGCGCCUUUUGGGUCUAUGCUUUCAAUGGAAUUGGUUCAACACUAUAGAGAAGUGGCAUGCCAAAAAAAGCAACAAAUAGGACUGCUCGGAGCUGGGAAGGAUAAUAAGCUUGGAAGUAUGGUCAAGAACAGCUCUAGUUAAUGGUUUAGGUGAAUUAUGGGUUAUGUCGUUUUUGAAUUUUUAAACUUUGAAUCUAGAAACAGUGUGUUGCACUUUCUUAAUAAAUGGAGAAAUUUUUGGAUCUCUAUUAUUAUGUACCUUAUGAUUAUAAAGUCUGUACAGAUCUUCUAUUGUAGGCUUUGUGUUAUUAUGGGCGAUACCCUAUGAUAGCACGGCCAUGUCAUGUUCCAGAUUUGGGGUGUAGCUCAUUUGAUUAAUUCUAAUGUGUGAUUCUUGUAUUU